CGGCGCGUUUCCUAUUGGCUCCAGCGCUGACGGACGCGAGAGCAAAAACGGCACGCAACAGCAGCAAGCGCUCCUUCUCCACGGAGACGGGCAGAGGAUAUGAUCCUGGGACCGACCCGAGACUGAGCCGCGGUCAUGUUUGAUUUAAAGGGAGGCUGGAACCUCUCGUUCGCCGGAUGCGGCUUUUUAGGGGUCUACCACAUCGGCGUCGCGAGCUGUCUUCUGGAGCAAGCGCCUAACCUGAUCCGCGGGGCCACUAAGAUCUACGGAGCCUCCGCGGGGGCGCUCACUGCAUCCGUGCUCACUACCGACGCCUGCUUAGAGAAAUGCUGUGAAGACGUCAUCAAUGUUGCCAAGGAGGCACGGAAGCGUAAUCUGGGCCCUCUGCACCCAACAUUUAACAUAGUGAAGGUGAUACGUGGAGGGCUGCACCGCGACCUGCCGUCUGAUGCGCACACGCUGGCCUCUGGUCGACUGUGUGUGUCCCUCACGCGGGUCAUGGACGGCCAAAACGUUCUGGUGUCCGACUUCAGCUCCAAAGACGAACUCAUCCAGGCUCUUAUUUGCAGCUGUUUCAUUCCUGUAUAUUGUGGUUUAAUUCCUCCCGCCUUCCGUGGCGUGCGUUACGUGGAUGGUGGGAUCAGUGAUAAUCUGCCCCAGUCCGAGCUGAAGAACACCAUCACGGUUUCUCCGUUCUCAGGAGAGAGCGAUAUCUGUCCCAAAGACAAUUCCACCAGCUUCCACGAACUGCGUUUCACAAACACCAGCAUACAAGUCAAUCUAGACAACAUGUACAGACUGAGCAAAGCAUUGUUUCCCCCAGAGCCUAAAGUGCUGGCAGAAAUGUGUCAAAGCGGGUAUAAAGACGCGCUUCGGUUUCUCCAGGAAAACAAUUUGCUACAGACGGCAUGUCCAAGAGCGGAUGUGGCUUUGAUUCAGACCACGCCCACCUGCUGCUGCCCAGGCAAUAGGAAUCCCGUCGUGACGGAAACCAGAAAAGAGUGGGUGCUGCGGAGACUCCGCCUCUUGAAGAAACACCACUGGUGGUUGGACGAACAGCUGGUCAAUAACCUGCCAACCCCCAUUAAGAAAGUUUUUUGCGAUGCCUGCAGAGAAAAGCACGGUCUGCUGGCACAAGUGACUGGUUUCCUGCCGUUACGCGUGGCGUCCUACAUGCUGAUGCCGUACACGCUGCCGGUGGAGUCAGCGUACUCGGCAGCUCAGAGGUUUUGGGAAUGGAUCCCAGAAGUGCCUGCAGAUGUGCGCUGGUUUGCUGAGGUAGCAGGAGGUGUUUAUAGACUGGCAUGGAAAGGUGCAGCGUCAGACACAAGCAGUGGCGCCCAUUUGAGAAGAUGUGUGAGUGAACCGCCAACGUUAGAUACACAAAUGUCCAUCUCAAACUACAACGAACACAUACCUAUUUCUGCCAGCAACCUUGAUACUUACAACUGGACUUUUCCGAGCGAUAUGAAAGCAGCUCCGUCUGUCGACCCGAGGGACAGUCCCGUCAAAGACACCGGCACCUCCCCUAGGCAGAGGUGCUUUUAUGUUGGCUCAGAGAAGCAAAUGGACCAACUCAGGACCUUUUCGGCUUAGUGCAAUAUAUACUGUGCCUGAUUGCUCUGGUCAUGUCAUGCUGCAGAUUUGGGCGGGCGGAGAGACUGAGCAAACGCUCGGGAAUCCAGCAUCAAGAAUAAACAAACAUGACAUGUCAAACGCUCCUUUUGGAUACUAUCCAAACGUGCCUUCCUUCUCCAUUCCAAACCAAAGACGUGUUUGAUCUGUUGUGUCAGCUUGUACCUUGCGUUUCGCUGAUGAUUGACUCUGUUUGUAUGUCAGAGUUUACUUCGCAGUUGGUGCUAAUACUCAGAGACCUCGAAAUACUUGACACGAGGUGUACAAUCAAAUAAAGAGUCUGAGGCCAUGAA